UUCGCUGACGUGGCAGGUGGGCAGCACACGAUCGCCUGGAGGAGGCUCUUUGGCCGAACUGGCCUUCAACCUUCCACUCAUACAACAGGCUUGGCCAGGGUAACCGAUGUCUCGCAUCAUUCAGUCGCCACAGCUCAGCCCCAGAACAACCGAUCUCGUGUCAAUCAUUAACUGAGCUCACUGUCAAAGGGACCAUGAUAGACCAAAACGUCAGUUCUCGUUACAUUAAGCGAUGGCGUCUCCAGCAGCUUUUGGAAACCCUUUUCCCAGAAGUCAGCAACUUUCAUAUUCGGAUGAUCGAAGACGAGUGGGUAUUCACGGUUCCAAAAUUAGUGACGGAGGAGCAGCUCGAUACUGUGCAAGACUACGACUGAUUUGCGAGCGAAAUGUCGAGAGACAGGCCCGACUGGGAUAUACUGAAUGAUGGCAUUACGUCGCUACUGA